UGUUUGCCCUAAUUAACCCUUCUCUCUCUUACCUUCCACAAUUUUUAUUUAUAUAAAAGGGUGAGGCAAACAUCUAUUUUUAGCAAGGUAUCUUCUAAAAACUCUCUUUCUUUUCCUUUGUCCAUUUUACAAUGUCCACCGUGGUCGGUUCUCUCUCGACUAAGGAUAAUGUUAAGUUUAAUCCUCAAGUGAGAGAGGAAAAACUUGGUACCACGAUAAAAGAUCGAGAAGAAGAGAAGAUCAUUGAAGAAGAUGAAGAGAACAAACUUAAGGGAGAGAGAGAAAUAAUGGAUCUCGGUCCUCUAUUCUCUCUUAAAGAACAACUCGAAAAAGAUAAGGAUGAUGAAAGCUUGAGGAAAUGGAAAGAACAGCUGCUGGGUAGUGUGGAUCUCUCAGCCAUUGGAGCAGAAAGCAAAGAAGCAGAAGUGAAAAUCCUGAGCCUAACCAUCCAAUGUCCAGGGCGACAAGAUCUUGUGCUCCCAUUGCCAUUUACCAAAACUUCCAAGACUAGUAGCUGCCUCUUCGCCUUAAAGGAAGGCUCUCGGUACCGACUUCUGUUCAGUUUCGUCGUUGCUGGGAACAUUGUCUCGGGUCUUAAGUACACGAACACUGUCUGGAAGACUGGGGUUAGAGUGGAUUAUAGCAAGAAAAUGCUUGGAACUUUCAGUCCUCAGAAGGAACCUUAUGUGUAUGAAAUGGAAGAAGAAACUACACCCUCUGGAAUGUUUGCAAGAGGAUCCUAUUCUGCAAGAACAAAGUUUGUGGAUGAUGAUGGGAAGUGCUAUUUGGAUGUGAGUUACCAUUUUGAAAUCCAAAAGAAGUGGCCAACAACACCCUCUACUUCAUCAUGAAUAGUAUAUUUAGUGUUGUUCUUCUAAUUCCUAUAUUUGGAGAUAUAGCUUUGGCUUUAUUAUCAUUAUUGUGUUACUUUUUUCCAUUAAGCUUUUGCUGUAAUCCAAAUUGGAAUUGUGUCUCUAUUCACUUGUUCAUUCAAUAUAUAUAUAUAUAUAUAACUUUUCUCUCUCA